ACACAAGACUCGAUGUCACGAACAAUAAUGACGCGUCGCGACGAACCCUCCAAGGAAACAUCAAACGCGUCUGCGCGAGAGAAUAUAAAAGGGGUUAUUUUUGCCUUACGACUCCCCUUGGGAAAAGCACAUCGGACUAAUGUAAUUGCAAUUUUGAUAAUUUCAUUUCCGGACAUUUCCUUCGCGACAUCGAAAAUAAAAGCGUAUGAUCGAUCGCCCUCUCCUGACUCGCAAGACUCCCUUAAUCACGAAUCGACUGUUGCAAUUGUAAACAUGUCACAUUACACUACGGUAAUUUACUCAAAAUAACGAUAGAAAAGAGCAAUGAACAAAUACCAAGCACGAAAAUAAUAUAUUAAAAAUAAAAACAAUAGUAUUUCAAUCUUACUAUCUUACUCUUGUCAUCACAAUCUGUGUCGCGAAAAAAUGAAAAUUUUGUACUUUCACGUACUUACUUUUUGUAUCUGUCAUUUGUAUAUUCACGUCCAUACGUCCACGUGACAUAUAUUACAAAAAGCACUCGCGACUUAAUCAACAGCAUAGUGUUACGCUCGACAUUGCAGAAAGCAAUAAAACGUCACGACGACUCCAUGGGGAACCCAUGAACGCGCUUGCGUCAAGGUGAGAGAAAAAGUGGGGAUAUCGUUUCUCCCACCAGUGCGAGAAAGAACCAUCUGUCGAACACAACGUGCAAUUUUGAUAAUUUGACUUUGUAUCGUUCCCUUAAACGUCAAAAACAUACGUGGCAUAUGUUGAUCGCCCUUCCUCACACGCAAGUCAUUACGUGCGAGUUUCCUGCAAUUGUCGAUACAUUUUGUAAAAUUAUUUUACGAGAAUAAAAAUAUGAAGAUCACAGUCCAACAUUGUCGGUCAGACUGUUCUGUUAAGCAGCCAGACAGUAUCUCGCUCUUAGAUCUCUCGCGAUAAUGUCCUCGUAUUGCGAAGAGACAGACUUCGCCGAGUAUCAUUAUUAUAAGAUAAAUCAGUUACUUCUUUCCACGUUCAAACUGUGGCCAUAUCGCCGAUCGAAAUUCGCAAUAAUUAAUCACAUCAUCAACUGGACUCUAUUGGUGUCCUUAGUAUUUUUUCAGUUAACGUCCUUUCUGACAUACCAAUGUACUAUGAAUUUCGUCAUCACUGUGUUAUCGUUUACCAUGCCGUCUCUUAUAAGUAUCAUAUUAUACUGUUCGUUUUACACUAACCCUAAUGCUGUGAGACAGAUUUGGAAAGACAUUCGUUAUACUUGGGACAUCUUGAAAAACGAAGCAGAACGCGAGAUAAUGCGUAAAUAUUCGUUGUCAGGACAACUGUUUUCAACAGCAGUGUUAUUGAUUGUCGUCAUGUCCCUAAUUUCGUAUUCAGUUUUUCAAUUCACGCCGAAUAUUCUUAAUCUAAUGUUUCCGUUAAAUGAGACCCGGCCGCAUCACUUCUACGCGGUAACGGAGUAUUUUGUCGAUGAGGAAACAUACUUUUACCCACUCUUGUGCCACUGGUUGAUCGGUGUAUUUGUCAACUUUCUCAUUGCUAUAACCGUGUUUAUGUUAUUUACGGUAUAUGUCGAACAUAUCUGCGGGAUGUUUAGUGUUGCCAGUUAUCGAAUUGAACAUUCGAUUAGCCAAUGUAUGCCGUGUAAUCUCAGAGAGAAGCAAGAUCGCAUGAUUUCUCGAAAUAUAGUCGCCGCGAUGGAUAUACAUCGAAAAGCUCUCAAGUGCAGCUCAUUUCUAUUAACUACUUUUGCGCCGUAUUUUUUCUUAAUAACUGUAAUUGGGGUUAUAUCUUUGAGUUUAAACUUCUUUCGAGUUCUCAAUGCGAUAACCAUGCAAAAAAAUGUAAAUGAAUUGUUUUCACCGAUGAUGGUGAUUUGUAUGUGCACCGUAUGUAUGUUCAUAGCUAGUUGCUGCGGGCAGAAAAUUACGGAUCAUAGCAAUAAAGUUUUCUACAACGCGUAUAACACAAAAUGGUACGAAAUUUCGACAAAAACUCAAAAGUUGUUUCUGUUCAUCAUGACGAACACAACGAAAGAAUAUCUUUUAUGUGUUGGCACUAUAAUUGAAAGUUCGAUAAUAGGUUUUUGUAAGCUAAUGAGUUCAUCGGUAUCUUAUUUCACGGUAAUCUAUACUCUACAAUUAUCAGAAGUACAACUUAUCGAAAAUAAUAAAUAACACGUUAUUGAUUGUGUAUAGUAAGCGAUAUGUAGAGGCUCAGAAAGUUUGGAUUAUUGCAAUUUCUAAACAUGUCACAUAUAUCUUAUACUAUUUAUUAUGUACAGCGAUAAAAAGAAGCAAAGGACAAGUGACAAGAAUAAUAUAUUAAGAAUAAAGAGUUGAUUGAACAAUAGUAUUUCAGUUUUACUCUUAUCAUCAUAAUUUCUGUCAAAAAAUCCCUUCUAUAUACGCCAAUCUUAUCUUUACAUAUAUCUAUAACUUACUAUCUAUAUACUUUAACUUACGCUUGCAUAUUCAUAAUAAUUAUGAUUUAUACUCAGGACAAUCAACUGAAAUAUGCUCGAUGAUUAAAACGGGGAUUUUAUGCCUGAAUUACAUCAAACAAAUUAGCGAACAUUGUUUGUGUAUCUACACUUGACUUUGCGAGAUCUUACUCACUCAAAUUGCUCACACUUAUGAGAAAUAUUACCAUAUAUCACCAUGAUUAUCAGAUUCAGAUCAAAUCAUGUAAUAUCACUUGGGCUAAGUGUUACAUAUUGAAAAAAGAAAACAGUUUCUCCUUUCACACCAUUUUUUACUAAUAAUGAAAAUCCCCGCAUUCAACCACACGCGUAACUUCUAAGGGAUACACAUUAUAUGAAAUACUCACGACUAACAAGGAUACUCACACAAGUGCCCGCCUCUAAUUUUUAUGAACUUGUAAAUGUUGUACUUUAGAUCAAAAUAACAGAUACGUUUUUUAUUAUAUGUGCCCUUUCGCAAGUUUAGGGGGUGAAAUACCCCUUUGAAGAAAAUUGAUUUUUUUCAUUCGAAG